GCCUCCUCCAAGUAGCAGACCAAUAUAAAUCAGAUGAAGCUUAUUUGGCUGUGUGAACUGCUAAUAGGAUAACUGUUUUUAUGGACUGUAGGCUUCCUUAUGUAAACACUAAUACUUGCCUAAGCAAUUGUUUUUUAUUUUCUUUCUUCCUUUAGGUAACAUGAAAACUGAUCCUGAUAUCUGAGGCAAUGGAUAGAAGGAAUCAGUCGACAGUAUCAGAGUUUGUGCUCCUGGGACUCACUAAUUCAUGGGAGAUCCAACUUCUCCUUUCUGUUUUCUCUUUUCUGUUCUACUUGGCAAGCAUGAUGGGAAACCUUGUCAUUGUGUUCACUGUAACCUUGGAUGCUCAUUUGCACUUCCCUAUGUAUUUCCUCCUGGCUAACCUCUCAGUCAUUGAUAUGUUGUUUUGCUCAAUCAUAGCCCCUAAAAUGAUUUGUGAUAUUUUCAAGAAGCGCAAAUCCAUCUCUUUCUGUGGAUGCUUUACCCAGAUCUUCUUUAGCCAUGCUGUCGGGGGCACUGAGAUGGUGCUACUUAUAGCCAUGGCCUUCGACAGAUAUGUGGCCAUAUGUAAGCCUCUGCACUACUUGACCGUCAUGAGUCCCAGGAUGUGUCUAUAUUUUGUAGUCACUUCCUGGGUCAUUGGCUUCAUCCAUUCAUUGAUUCAAGUAGUUUUUGUGGUAGACUUGCCUUUUUGUGGCCCUAACGUGUUGGACAGUUUUUAUUGUGACCUUCCCCGGCUCCUCAGACUUGCCUGCACAAACACCCAAGAACUGGAAUUCAUGGUUACUGUGAAUAGUGGGCUCAUUUCUGUGGGCUCCUUUAUCGUGCUGGUCAUUUCGUACAUCUUCAUUUUGUUUACUGUUUGGAAACAUUCCUCUGGUGGCUCAUCCAAGGCUAUCUCUACACUGUCAGCUCAUAUCACUGUGGUAGUUUUGUUCUUUGGGCCACUGAUGUUUUUCUACACAUGGCCGUCUCCCACAUCCAACCUGGAUAAGUAUCUUGCUAUUUUUGAUGCAUUUAUCACUCCUUUUCUGAAUCCAGUCAUCUAUACAUUCAGGAACAAAGAGAUGAAAGCGGCAAUGAGGAGAUUGUGCAGUCAUGUUGUGCAUUACUGGAAGAUCUCGUGAACUGCUGGCUAUGAAGAUAUGAAAUCAUAGAUUCUCCCCCAUGCUGGUUGUAGAAAAGGCAUUUUACAAUCUCAGGAAAAUACUCAACACUUAAGAUG